CAAGCUCCUGGCAACGUCUGUGAAAAUCAGAAGCAUACCACAUUCCUGAGCGCGGCAUCUCGACUACCCCACUACAAACAGCUUUUUCCCACACCACGCCACGACACAGCCCAAGACACGAUGGCGUCGUCCCUCGAUGAGCGAUACCCCUGUCGAAUCGUCAUUGAUUCCCCGUUCCCCACCCCGCGCCUGGCUUCCAUUGCGCUCAAGGCUCUGCAAGUCGACAAGGAGCUCUCGCCGCUUGUCCACCGCUCCUUCUCGAUCGCAAAGACACUCGACAUCACCGAAGACGGACAAACGCUCCCCGAGGGCAGUAUACUGCGAACCGAUUACAGAGCUACCACGAAUCGGAUGCUUCGUGUCGCCGUCAAUUCGUUCAUGGAGAGCCUCAGCCUCGUGCUCGAGGUCAUGGAGAACCUCGAUGAAGACGUGCUAGCCGCCAGCCAGGAAGCCUCGAAAUGAUUCCACACCGCUCCCGCACAGGCUUGCAAUUCAUACGCAUGUUGGACAUCACACUUGGUGAAAAGGAACCUUCGGUAAUGAUCUGGCAAAGCCCGGUGGUCUACAGCACCCAUUCGAAUACCUCGAUUGAUGUUUACAUUUACGG